AGAAGGUUCUGGAAGCGGCGGCCGUUGUGACAGAGCGAGAGUCAGGUCCCCCCUCCCCCCCACCCCCACCAACGGCAGCGAAGAUUAGCCGGAGAGAGCGGGCAGCCUGCGUCCGGAUGGUGAAAACCUCCUUGGAACGGAUACUAAACAGUCACUGCUUCGGGAAAGACAGGCACGGGAGCAUCGCGGCGGCCAACAACAGCAUGAUCAACACAGAGGACAGUAGUGUUUCUUCUUUGUGUGGCACCUCUCAACGUCAGUACUGCAGGCACCUCGGUCCAGGGCCUCUGUGGUGUUCCGAUGUCCCUCACCCAUCAGUGAAGAUCCCGGAUGGGCGAGGGAAUGGAAGGGAUCACACUCUUACAGCUCUCUUACACUUGGAUGAGAAGCUAACUGUAACGCAAGAGCUACCAGUCGAUGGAAAACAGCAUAUUAUCCAUUUCCAGUACAAGUUGACAGAUUCCAGGAUCUCUACGUGGGAUACAUUCUUUUCUAAUAAGAAUCUCUUUGUGGAAAUUCCUGAUGGCAUUUUAGCAGAAGGGAGCAAAGAAGGGUUAACUGUGCUGUUAGAAUAUGCUGAGGAGAAAAUGAAAGUGGAAAAUGUAUUUGUCUGCUUCUUAAAAAACAGAGAGGAUCGAGCCUUGCUUUUGAGGACUUUCAGCUUCAUGGGCUUUGAGAUUGUGAGACCAGGCCAUCCCUCGGUUCCAACUCGGCCUGAUGUCCUGUUCAUGGUAUACCCCAUUGAUCAGUCGUCUGAAGAGGAGUGAAGGAACAUUACUAUUCUGUGUUCUCUUUCCUCCCCCGCACCCCCCCCCCCCACACACACACACACUCCUGUUAUAGUUCAUUUGGGAGAGGGUAGUCUUAGAAUAAAUGCUGUGUAAUACUCAUAGUUCUUACGCCCUGUAAAAGGUGCAUAUUUUCAUUGUCUUUUGCGUAAGCAAAAUUUGAUCAUAUUGCCUAGAUGUUCCCUAGGCAUUCUGGGCUGAAUUCAGCUUUUUUGAUCAAUUCUGAGCAGUGAUAAUUAUGUUGAAGAUUUUUUUGUCAUUUGUUUAACUUGUGUGACUAUGUCAUUGCUGUUUACAGAACAUAAUGUUGAAAGUCUGUGUAUUCUUUUCACAUUCUGUUUUUCUGUACCUUAUAGAAAGCUGUUUAAAAAUAAAAUGUCAAAUUUACCGUAAA